AUGCCUUCCGACAAUGAGGACGACGUGGGCGAUAUGUUUGCGGAACCAGAAGACUACUACCCACCCACCCCGCCACCGACCUCCGUCACCCACACCCUCGCCUCGGGCCGCACCCUGACGCUGCACCUCGUCGGCUACAGCGCGACAGAGGCCCACCACCUCUGGAACGGCUCUCGCGUCGUCUCCGACUACUUCGAGGCCCUCCCAGCAAGGGUCGCCUCGCGCACCGUCCUCGAGAUUGGCGCCGGCGCCGGCCUCCCGUCCCUCACCGCCGGCCUCCUCGGCGCGCGCCGCGUCGUCAUGUCUGACUACCACGACGUCGACAUAGUGCAGACGAUGCAGAAGAACAUUGACGUCUGCGAGGGCGCCGACGAGGUUGUGGCCAAGGGCUACGUCUGGGGCGCCGAUCCGGCGCCGUUGCUCGCCGAGUUGCCCGAGCCCGAGGCCAAGUUUGAUGUCCUCAUCCUUGCAGACCUGCUGUUCCGGCACUCAGAGCACGGGACGCUGGUGAAGACAAUCGGUAUGACAAUGUCCAAGAAAAAGGAGAGCAGGGCAUACGUCUUCUUCACUUCCUACAGGCCGUGGCUGCGCCACAAGGACCUCGUGUUCUUCGAUGUGGCUAGGGAGAAGGGUUUCCUGGUGGAGCAGGUGAUCGACCGCAAGAUGGAGAAGAAGCUCUUCGAGAACGACCCUGGCGAUGAGGAAGUGCUGAAGACGGUAUCGGGGUAUGAGUUGCGGUGGCCGGAAUCCGAGUGCGAGCUUUGA